GAGGAGGAAGAGAGGGGAAGUCCGGCCGAGGAAGGGGCGGGAGCCUCGAUUCCUGGAAGCCGGGCCGGGGCGGCCACCGGACGGUCCCACCAGGUUGCCCCGGGGCCAUGGAGCGGACCUUGUUGGCCUUCGACCUCCUUUUGGCAGUGCUGGGAGCAGUGCCAAAGCCAGAAAAUGUCAGGAUGAACUCAGUGAAUUUGAAGAACAUCUUACAGUGGGAGUUGGCCCCUUUCCCCGAGGAAAAUGUGACCUUCACAGCUCAGUCGAUGAGCUACACGGGAGUCUUCGAAGACGUGUGCAGGAACAUCGUGCUCACGCGGUGUGACUUCUCGCAUCUGGCCAAGUACGGUGACCACACCUUGCGGAUUCGGACGGAGACGGCGGGAGGCCACUCGGACUGGGUCAACGUCACCUUCCACCCGGUGGAGGACACUGUCAUCGGACCGCCCGACCUGCAGGUGAAACCCGUGUCCAGCUCCCUGCACGUCCACUUCUCGUUCCCGAAGAUUGAAAACGAACCCGAAACGUGGACGUUGAAGGACUAUUACGGCUCCUGGGAGUAUAAAGUGCUCUACUGGAAAAGGGGCACGGCCCAGAGGCUCGAGUUGAUCACCCCGUUUGAAUCGGACCUGCUCCCCGAUCUGGAUCCUCAGACAACCUACUGCCUUCAAGCCCAAGGGCUCGUCCCCGCCCUGAACAAGUCGGGCCUCUGGAGCCGGCCAGUCUGCGAGACCACGGCUGAUGACGGCAAAACGCCCGUGUGGGUUAUCGCCGUCACGCUGCUGGCGUCUCUGGUAGCGGUUCUCCUGGUGGUCCUCUGCAGCUUCUCCGUGCUCUGGUACUUAUACCGCCAAGCCAGAUAUGUCUUCUUCCCCGGCUAUUCUCUCCCGCAGCUUCUCAAAGAGUGUCACCCUUCCCACGGCACCCCGUUUCUCUCCUCCCCGCUCUCCGAGAAGGAACCCUGUGACAGACUGAGCGUCGUCUUGGGGGAGUCCGACAGCUGCAAGCGGCACGCCUCGGUAGGUAGCCCCCGAGCCGGCGGAGUUCCCGAAGAGAAGCCCCCGGUCGGGCCCGAUGGCCCAGUGGUUACCGUGUCGGCCCCAACGGAGCCGACUGAAGAAGGCUCCUGAAAAUCCCGUUCCUGCCACGCUCUGUGCCGAGGAGAGGCCCCGGGACGGGGCCGGACGGAUGGACUUGGUUUAACUGUACUGAGCACCGAGGUCAGGAUGAGGGCCACGUCUUCUGUUCCAAGGAUGGGCUUGAACGGUAGAAGAGGGUCCGCCAUGUGACCCUCCCGCUUCAGGAUGAAGCCUCGCCCUUCCCGCGAAAGGUGCCGGAUCUUCCGGAAGCGGGCGGGAGAGAUGGGGAUGGCAUGAUCCCAGGAAAUCCUGCCUCAUUCCAACCUCGCUGCUCUUUCUAUUUAACUGUUCUUUUUGUUUAAAGGAAAUAUUAGUGGCUUUAUUUUUUUUUUUUUGGCAUUGCGUGCUGGCUCAAGCUAGCACGUUAAUCAGUAUUUUUCUACCUUAAUAUAUGGAUGAAUAUAAGAAGCCCGAAGAAGACUGCCAAGAUCUUUCUUUGGUAACUCCUGAGUUAUUCAACUUUUUUUGUGAAUGGUAUUUGUUAAGCGCUAACUAUACGCCGGGCACUGAACUAAGCACUGGGGUAGAUGCAAACUAACGGUCCCUGGUCCCACAUG